AUGACAUGGCACUUUUCAACCCUUCUACAGUACAUUGAGUGCCCUUAUCAAUACUCCUAUAAUGCAACUGCCCGACUUCAGUGUACAACUGUCGCAGUGCUGUUUCCAAGGGGUGGCCUGUUUCUGAUCUCAAUCAAAGACCGGACUCAUGAUUCAAUGUUCCAGAGACUUCAGACCUGCUUUGGUGGUGGCAUAGGUCCUCUUGGAACCGCCAGCAUGAGACAGGCAAUCACUGAUAUCCGGCCACCACUGGUGCGCCUUGGAGACGUCAGCUACCUUGCCAUUCCUCACGUCGGCCUCGAGCUUCAAAGCUGCGGACCCAAGGCCCUGCCUUGCACUGCACCUGACUUGCUUCCUGGCGAGCACAAGCCUGUGAUCGUCGUCCCUGUUGAUCAGGAAUCUUCUCAGAAAACACUUCUCGACUGGAUCGACUCGUUUCAUCCUCCCAAGGACGACCUGUUCUCGCAGAGUUUCUUAACAGAUACAGUUAUAGUGCAGGGCAAUGCUCAAAGAUUUUCAACGCGUUCGAGACACAUGGCUAACUCUCAGUCCAAAUCCUGUCACUGGCUCUUGGGCACCAAGUCAAGUUCUACUGGUGUCGAACCCGGCCCGGGCCUUCAACUUUAUCAAGCAUGGCGGCUGUACCCAGACACACAAGGCAGCUUUGUCACGUCCCUUUUCCCUUCCUGGGAAGGGUCACAUGAGUUCUACCCCCUUGAUGUCCGCUUGGGUGGGAUUUGGCCCGCAGUCGCCGUGCCAAGUCGACUGUACAGCAAGAGAACCCCAUCAAAGCCCCUUGCUGGACUGCGGUUCAGCAUUAAAGACAAUUUCAGACUGUCGGAUAUAAUGACAACGCAAUCCAAUCGUGCCUGGUGCGAGUUGUACGAUGGAAACCUGAGAACGAAACUGCCGCCUACGUCAAGACGUUCAUCGAUCUUGGUGCCGUUUUUCUAUUGGAAGCAUCCGAUGGCCUGCAGCGUGGUGUGGACUUUUCGGUCUCCGUAUGACGUGGAAACAAGGCUCGCUGGAGGGUUCAUGGAUACAAUCGGAUUGCUUUCCAGAAGCAUUGAUGGGAUGCAGUCACUCGUGAAGGGGACGAUAUCCAGCGCUGGAGCAAAGGAUGACGACAAACUCUUGCCCACGGAAAUACUUUACCCGCAAGACUUUUUCCCAAUGGCUGAUUCAGAGCAACAAGCGUUGGUUGAUCGCUUUGUCGGUGACUUGGAAGCCUAUUUAGGCAUCAAGGCGACAAAGAUGAGCAUCGCCGAUCGAUGGCGCCAAUGUCCUCCAGAUGAAGCGAAUGGAAAGUCUAUAGAGGAGUUCCUAGAGAAGGUUGCUUACAACCCGUUUUACUACGACGGAUACCACGAGUUCGACGACUUCCGGAAGGAGUACGAGGACAAGUUUGGUAAACCAGUCUACGUGGGCCCUUACAUGCGGUGGAAAUGGGACCGAGGCUCUGAAGUGACUGAAGAGAUGAAGGGCAAAUCUCUGAACGACGUUGGGGUUUAUCGCCGCUGGUUUCAAGCAAACAUCCUUCGCGCUACUCAGAGUGGUGGUACAUCGGCCAUCAUACUCAUUCCUUGCGGCAAUAGUGUGCCCAAGUAUCGUGACGAUCCAAACAACCAGGCUAAUUCGUGGGGUGUUUCACAAGUUGGACACAUUCCUUAUGAAUCUAGAGUGAGCAGGCGUGUCGAGCAACUUCCGGUUGUGGGCACAAUCAUCGGCGCUCCAGGCAGCGACUUGUUGCUUGUCGACGUAGUGAAGAAUGCUCUUGAGCGAGCUGGUCGACCAACAAGAGUUCUCACAGGGCGCAACAUGUUUGCGGAUCCUAAGCUCUAG